AUGGCGUGGGGUUAUUGGUCUGCUUCUUCGGUCCUACCUGACCGUGGUCGGAGCCCUCGACGAGCGGGCACCUCAGUGGUUCACUCGCACCCGAACCCGCCAACGGCGAGAGAAGUGAUGGAGACACAUGACGAGAGCAUCAUCCACACCGCGUCAACGUCGCGUGACAGUCGCGACCACUCCGCCUCUCCACACUCUUCAUCUAACGGUGGUCACUCCCAUCACCAACAUGAAGUGAGACACGCAGUGCCAGCGAGUGCUCUAUUCGGUGAAGGUUUCGGUGAAUUGUCGCGAAGACCUUCGCUGGACUUAGGUUCAGUGCGAAGUGCGUUAGCGUCUUGUUCGGGCGGUGGUACAUUGAGUGCCGGUUCCACGUUGACCCGCGGUGGGACGUUAGCGGAUUAUAUACCGCCGACGCCGUGUCCGCAUCACCAUCGAGUGUACGUCGACCACCACAAACACUAUGAGCAGCCUAUACAGCCAGUGCACGUGGGUGUACCGCAUCACUCCCACUCCCACGCUUCUAGUAGACAUCACACCGAUGACGAAGACGACCUCGAGCCGGCGUAUGCUACAGUUGAAAUGACUAUUUUAAUAACAAAAAGCCAGGGAAUGGUGUCAUUCCAGUUCAACACUAUGCUAUGA